AAUUACGAGCAAAUUAAUUUAUUGAAACGAUCUUAAUUAUGAUUCUAAUUGAUAUAAAUCAUUAUUUUUCUUCUUAUUUACAGCUUGUCGGUGGUGAAUUUGAUAUGGAAUUAAACUUCGUGAUACAAGAUGCACAAAAUAUUAGACAUAUGCUAGAGCUUUUAGAUCAUUGUCCACCCAAUUUACAAGCUGAAAUAUGGAGUGUAUUCAUCGCAAUACUACGAAAAAGUGUACGAAACUUGCAAGCAUGUACAGAAGUCGGCUUAAUUGAACACGUGUUAUUACGCUUGAAUAAAGCAGAUGUGGUAGUUGCAGAUUUAUUAAUUGAAAUGCUUGGCGUACUUGCCAGCUAUAGUGUAACAGUAAAGGAGCUCAAAUUGCUUUUUGGUGCGAUGAAAGCCAACAAUGGCAAAUGGCCACGACAUUCAGCAAAACUUUUGAAUGUCUUACGUCAGAUGCCACAUCGUAAUGGUCCCGACGUCUUCUUUAGCUUUCCAGGACGAAAAGGAUCGGCUGUCGUCUUACCACCAUUAGCAAAGUGGCCGUAUGAAAAUGGAUUUACAUUUACCACAUGGUUUCGCUUAGAUCCAAUAAAUUCAGUGAACAUUGAGCGGGAGAAACCUUAUUUAUAUUGCUUUAAAACAUCAAAAGGUGUUGGUUAUACUGCACAUUUUGUUGGAAAUUGUCUUGUACUGACGUCGAUGAAAGUUAAAGGCAAAGGUUUUCAACAUUGUGUCAAAUAUGAGUUUCAACCCAGAAAGUGGUAUAUGAUAGCAAUUGUAUACAUUUAUAAUCGUUGGACAAAAAGUGAAAUCAAGUGCCUGGUAAAUGGACAAUUAGCAUCAAGUACGGAAAUGGCGUGGUUUGUGUCAACAAAUGAUCCAUUUGAUAAGUGCUACAUUGGAGCAACGCCAGAGCUAGAUGAGGAACGAGUAUUCUGUGGUCAAAUGGCAGCAAUUUAUUUAUUCAGUGAAUCACUAACAACACAACAAAUUUGUGCCAUGCAUCGACUUGGUCCUGGUUAUAAGUCACAGUUCCGUUUCGAUAAUGAAUGCUACUUGAAUCUACCAGAUAAUCAUAAAAGGGUGAGUUUCACUCCAUCAACAGCCUUAAAUAAAAUUGUUGAACAGAGAACAUCGCAAGAUGGAAAUGAUGAUGCUAGGAACAAUACAAACAACGCCAAUGAUAGCAAUUUUAAUUUAGUUUGCGACGAUUUUAAUAUUGCAUCCGUGCUCUAUGAUGGCAAACUAUCGAAUGCUAUUGUAUUUAUGUAUAAUCCUGUUGCAACUGAUGGUCAAUUGUGUCUGCAAUCGGCACCCAAGGGAAAUGUAUCAUACUUUGUGCAUACGCCUCAUGCACUAAUGUUGCAGGAUGUUAAAGCUGUGGUAACACAUUCCAUACACUCGACAUUAAAUUCCAUCGGUGGUAUUCAAGUGCUAUUUCCACUCUUCUCACAACUUGAUAUGCCAUAUGAAGGCAUAGAUGUCAAGAAAGAUCCGACAUUGUGUGCAAAGCUAUUAGGAUUUAUUUGUGAGCUUGUUGAGACAUCGCAGACUGUACAACAGCAUAUGAUACAAAAUCGUGGAUUUCUGGUGAUUUCAUUCAUGUUACAAAGAUCAUCACGAGAUCAUUUAACACCUGAUGUACUUGGAUCAUUUUUGAGCUUGACGAAAUAUCUGGUCACAUGCUUAUCAGCAAAUAGUGAUCUUUUGCUUAAGCAGUUGCUCGAUCAUGUUCUCUUCAAUCCAGCAUUAUGGAUCUAUACACCAGCAAAUGUUCAAGCACGCCUUUAUUCCUACUUAGCAACUGAAUUUUUAAGUGAUACACAGAUUUAUAGCAACGUACGUCGUGUUAGUACUGUUUUACAAACCGUUCAUACGCUCAAAUAUUAUUAUUGGGUCGUGAAUCCACGCGCUAAGAGUGGUAUUACACCAAAAGGAUUAGAUGGACCUCGACCGGCUCAAAAGGAUAUUUUAGCAAUACGUGCCUACAUUUUACUAUUUUUAAAGCAACUGAUAAUGAUUGGUAAUGGUGUAAAGGACGAUGAAUUACAAAGCAUUUUAAAUUAUCUAACAACAAUUCACGAGGAUGAAAAUCUUCACGAUGUAUUACAAAUGCUUAUAUCAUUAAUGUCAGAACAUCCAAGCUCAAUGGUGCCAGCAUUCGAUGUUAAGCAUGGAAUGCGAUCUAUAUUUAAAUUAUUAGCGGCAGAGAGUCAACUCAUACGCCUACAAGCACUUAAAUUAAUGGGUUUCUUUUUAUCACGUAGUACACACAAAAGAAAAUAUGAUGUAAUGUCACCACAUAAUUUAUAUACAUUAUUGGCCGAGCGUCUAUUGUUGUAUGAGGAAUCGUUAUCAUUGCCCAUCUAUAAUGUUCUAUACGAGAUAAUGACGGAGCAUAUUUCACAACAAAUCCUUUAUACACGACAUCCGGAGCCUGAAAGUCAUUAUCGUUUGGAGAAUCCAAUGAUAUUGAAAGUCGUUGCAACACUUAUACGACAAUCGAAACAAACAGAGCAACUAUUGGAAGUAAAGAAACUUUUUCUCUCGGAUAUGACACUUUUGUGUAAUAAUAAUCGAGAGAAUCGUCGAACAGUACUUCAGAUGUCUGUAUGGCAGGAAUGGCUUAUAGCAAUGGCAUAUAUACAUCCGAAAAAUACAGAAGAGCAGAAAAUAUCUGAUAUGGUUUAUUCAUUGUUUCGUAUGCUGCUGCAUCAUGCGAUUAAGUAUGAGUAUGGUGGAUGGAGAGUAUGGGUUGAUACAUUGGCUAUCGUCCAUUCGAAGGUAUCUUAUGAAGAAUUCAAGCUUCAAUUUGCCCAAAUGUAUGAACAUUAUGAGAAACAUCGUACGGACAAUAUUACGGAUCCAGAGUUGCGUCAAUCAAGACCGAUAAGUACAAUAUCGGGAUGGGAUCAAGAGCAUGACGGCAUUAAUUUACAACAAAUUCAACAAUCUCAACAGGUUCAAACGGUACAGACUGAUGAGUAUAAUGGAAAUAAUGAAAAGGAUGAUGAUGAUGAGCAACAACAAAAGGCUAUUGAAGGUGGUAGAGCGGCAAUAACAUUAAAUGAACAGCAAUUACAAAAGCCAAGAAUUGCGAGUAUAUCUGAUGUUUAUCAUAAGGAAAUAAAUGGUGAAACAACACCAUCAGUACCAGCAAUUGAUGAAACGACAACCACAUCAUCUGUGGCAUCAAUGACCGAUGAGAAGAGUAAAUUGACGGACAUUUUAGAGCAGCAAUUAGGUAAUCCAGAUGUUGAUGGUGAUAAUGAUGAAGAGUCACGUGAAAUAGCGACAGAAAUUGUCGAAGAGAUACUAGAAAAGUCAGAGAAGCUCCUGAAUGAAUGUAAACAACUUUCGGACGAUAUGAUGAAUCAACAUGAGACGGCAAUAAUUAAGGACGAAGAGCUUGAGCAGGCCGUACACGAGGUUGUUAGUGGUGUCCGACAAAUUCAAUUAAAAGCAGAAACAGAAACGUCAGUGAAUAAUGAAAGUAGUGAGAUGAAAAUCGAGCAUGUCAAUGAUAUUGAUGAGGAAAAUAAACACAAGACUGAUGAAAAACCACAAGAAAGUGCAAUAAUUAUUGAUAAAAAGCAAUCAGAUGAAGAGGAAGUGGUUGAACUAACGAGUGCAUGUGUCGAGAAUGUGGAUGUUGAGACAAAAGAAGCGAUUGACGAAAAUACAACAGAACUUGUUCAGAAAAUUGUGAGUGAAAUAAUCGAUGAGUCUGUCAAUAAAACAGAAAUCAAUAGUGCGGAAAAUGUGACUGAAGGAGUGUCAGAUGUAGACAUGGAAGAGAAGAAAGAAAAAGACGAGAUAAAUGUUGAAGAAGUGACGGAAAAUAAAGAGCCAGAGAAGAUUGAGAUGGAGAAAAUAGUCGAAGACAUUGUUGUUGACGAAAAGGAUGAGAAAAGUCAACAGAAUGAGAAACGUGACGAAGAGACUCCUGCAACUGAUGAGCAAGUCGUGAAAGAAGUAAUCAAUGAUAUUAUUGAUGAUGCUGUGAAGGAAAUUGAAGAACAAAAUUCAACAUUAGUUGAUGAGUUGAAAGAUGAGCAACAGCAGCAGCCGUCGGAGCAACAACAAAGCACGGAUGAUGAUUUAAAUAAUAAAAUUGAGAAUGAGAUUGAUGUAGCAAAUAAUAAUAUUGUAACAUCAAUUACCCCGGAGCCAACAGACGGAAAAAUACAUUUUUCAUCGUCAAACGACUCAGCAUUGCCAUCAUCAUUAUCUGAUGAUUCACCAAUCAAUGAGAAUAAGACAAACAAUUCAUCGCCAUCGCCUACAACGUCAACGACAAAUGAACAAAAUUUAAAUGCUGAAAAUCAAAAUAUGCAGCAAAUGGGUGAUGAUUCGCAUAAGCAACAGCGACAAAAAUCAACAUCAAGUCGCCCAAUGUUUAGUCCCGGUCCGACACGUCCACCAUUUCGUAUUCCUGAAUUUAAAUGGUCUUACAUUCAUCAACGAUUAUUGUCAGAUGUGCUCUUUUCACUCGAAACAGACAUUCAAGUAUGGCGUAGUCACUCAACAAAAAGCGUAUUAGAUUUCGUUAAUUCAGCAGAAAAUGCAAUUUUUGUCGUCAAUACCGUCCAUUUAAUUUCACAAUUGGCUGAUAAUCUGAUUAUUGCAUGCGGCGGUCUUUUGCCAUUACUUGCUAGUGCAACGUCACCAAAUUCUGAGCUUGAUGUAUUGGAACCAACACAGGGAAUGCCAUUAGAUGUUGCAGUAUCAUUUUUACAGCGUCUCGUUAACAUGGCUGACGUUUUAGUCUUUGCGAGUUCAUUAAACUUUGGUGAACUGGAAGCUGAGAAAAAUAUGUCAAGUGGUGGAAUUUUGCGACAAUGUUUACGUCUAGUUAGCACUUGUGCUGUUAGAAAUUGUCUGGAAUGUAAGGAAAGAACGCGUGGAAUGUACAAUGGCACAUCAAUGCGUGAAAUUCCUGGUGCUGCUCAUCUACAAGCUCUCAUUCGUGGCGCUCAAACAUCACCGAAAAGCAUUGUUGAUUCAUUAACUGGUCCACUAUCGCCAGUCAAGGAUCCUGAGAAAUUAUUGCAAGAUAUGGAUGUUAAUCGAUUGCGUGCUGUUAUAUAUCGUGAUGUCGAGGAAACGAAGCAAGCACAAUUUUUAUCACUUGCUAUUGUCUACUUUAUCUCCGUUCUUAUGGUAUCGAAAUAUCGUGAUAUAUUGGAACCACCAGCCGAGGUUCAAAUACAACGUUCAUCUCCAGUUAUGCAACGUGCGACACCAACACAAGGUACACGAACAAUUCAGGACGGUGAUUAUGAAGUGAUUGUUGUUGAUGAAAACAAUUCAUCUGUGCUCGCUGAAAAUGAGUCUCACUCCUCCUCGGGUCCACCGUCAAUAAAGAGCGUCGAUUCUGAUGGUGCGUCAUUAAAUAUGAAUUCAACGGAGAAUGAUCCACAGGAAGGUGAGACAUCAAGUGAAAUUUUGCCUGACGAUAACAAACCAAAUAAUUCCAAUGAUGAGAGUUGGACGGAUGUGAAUUUAAAUGAGGAUGUUAACGAGAAAAUGCGUGACAUUGAUGAACGUGGUGAUAAAAUGGAAUCUGAUAUAUCGGUCGUUCGUGUGUCGGAGGGUAAUUUUACAUCAUCAAAUCAACGUCGUCCUGAAGAAUUGUCCAUAAAGCCACCAAUGAUAUCACAAUUACCGCUCACAACACCAUCACGUGAAGCAAAUUUAACGCAAAAGCUUGAGAUUGCACUCGGUCCUGUAUGUCCUUUAUUGCGUGAAAUUAUGGUCGAUUUUGCGCCAUUCCUGUCAAAAACACUGGUUGGAUCGCACGGACAAGAGCUACUGAUGGAGGGUAAAGGUCUAACAACAUUCAAAAAUAGUCAUUCUGUUGUUGAAUUAGUCAUGCUACUGUGCUCCCAAGAAUGGCAAAAUAGCUUACAGAAGCAUGCUGGCCUGGCAUUCAUUGAGUUGAUUAAUGAGGGUCGUCUGCUGUCGCAUGCAAUGAAAGAUCAUAUUGUGCGUGUUGCUAAUGAGGCCGAAUUCAUAUUAAAUCGUAUGCGAGCCGAUGAUGUAUUGAAGCAUGCUGAUUUUGAGACACUUUGUGCUCAAACACUCCUCGAGAGACGUGAGGAAGAGAGAAUGUGCGAUCAUCUUAUUACAGCAGCAAGACGACGCGAUAACGUAAUUGCAAGUCGACUACUCGAAAAGGUCCGUAACAUAAUGAGCAAUAAACAUGGAGCUUGGGGUGAUGUGUCAACACAGAAACAAGUGUUUUGGAAAUUGGAUGCAUGGGAGGAUGACGCAAGACGUCGUAAACGUCUCGUACAGAAUCCACGCGGUAGUAGUCAUCCGGAAGCAACGCUACAAGCAAUUACAGACUCUAAUGAAGAUACAACAAAUUCUAAUCGUGAAGAAAUUUACUCACAAAUUGCCGUCCCAAGGUCACAACAGCCUGACUUACUAGACGAUUCUGAGCUUUUAAUUGAGGAUCGUGAAUUAGAUUUGGACUUGACUGGUCCCGUAAACAUUAGUACGAAAGCAAAACUUAUUGCGCCAGGACUUGUCGCGCCCGGAACAAUGUCAAUUACAGCAACUGAAAUGUAUUUUGAAGUUGACGAAGAGAAUGAUGAAUUCCAAAAAAUUGAUUCAGAAGUGCUCAAAUAUUGUGACCACUUACAUGGAAAGUGGUAUUUCUCUGAGAUUCGUGCCAUUUUUUCGCGUCGGUAUUUGUUGCAGAAUGUUGCGCUGGAAAUCUUUCUUGCCAGUCGCACCUCAAUUCUGUUUGCAUUUCCUGAUCAGCAUACCGUUAAGAAAGUCAUCAAAGCGUUACCGCGAGUGGGUGUUGGUAUUAAAUAUGGCAUUCCACAAACGAGACGCGCCUCGAUGAUGUCGCCUCGUCAGCUGAUGAGAAAUUCAAAUAUGACGCAGAAAUGGCAGCGUCGUGAGAUUUCCAAUUUCGAGUAUUUGAUGUUUCUGAAUACAAUUGCGGGACGUACGUAUAAUGAUAUGAAUCAAUAUCCUGUCUUCCCGUGGGUACUUACGAACUAUGAUUCACGUGAAUUGGAUCUCAGUCAACCGUCAAAUUAUCGUGAUUUAUCUAAGCCAAUUGGUGCAUUGAACCCGAGUAGACGUGAAUAUUUUGAGGAACGUUAUGAAAGUUGGGAUACACCUGGCAUUCCACCAUUCCAUUAUGGAACACAUUAUUCAACAUCUGCAUUCACUCUCAACUGGCUCAUACGACUUGAACCAUUUACAACAAUGUUUUUGGCACUUCAGGGCGGCAAAUUUGAUCAUGCUGACCGAAUUUUCUCGUCUGUUUCACUUUCAUGGAAAAAUAGUCAACGUGAUACAUCGGAUGUUAAAGAACUCAUUCCCGAAUGGUACUUCCUACCUGAAAUGUUUUACAACCAAUCGGAAUAUCGACUGGGCGCACGUGACGAUGGCAAUACAGUAUCGGAUGUUGAAUUACCGCCAUGGGCAAAGACACCAGAAGAAUUUGUUCGAAUAAAUCGAAUGGCAUUAGAGUCGGAAUUUGUAUCAUGUCAAUUACAUCAAUGGAUUGAUUUAAUCUUUGGAUAUAAACAACGUGGACCGGAAGCAAUGCGUGCUACAAAUGUCUUUUAUUACUUAACAUAUGAAGGUAGUGUUGAUUUAGAAACAAUCACAGAUCCAGUGAUGCGUGAGGCAAUAGAAAAUCAAAUUCGUAAUUUUGGUCAAACACCAUCGUUGCUUUUAAUGGAACCACAUCCGCCCAGAAGUUCAGCGAUGCAUCUAUCGCCAAUGAUGUUCAAUACAAUGCCAGAUGAUGUCUGCAUGUCAUUAAAAUUCCAUUUAAAUUCACCUAUAAUUCAUAUUUCUGCAAAUACUUAUCCUCAAUUGCCUCUACCAUCUGUGGUAACGGUAACAGCUGGUCAUCAAUUUGCUGUUAAUCGUUGGAAUUGUAAUUAUACAGCAAAUAUACAAAGUCCUAGUUAUGCAGAUAAUAGUCACAACCAACCGCAAAAUUUACCAUUAACAAUGGAUCCAUUGCUAUCACAAACGACUGCUCACAAUAAUCCAGCUGUAAAACGACAUUUGGGUGAUAAUUUUAGUCAGAAAAUUAAAAUUCGCGCCAAUUGCUAUGUGACAACAGUCGACAGUAGAUUCCUCGUUGCAUGCGGUUUCUGGGACAAUAGUUUUCGUGUCUUCUCGACAGAAACUGCUAAAAUCGUUCAAAUUGUCUUCGGACAUUUUGAUGUUGUGACGUGUCUCUCGCGUUCUGAAUGUAACAUCACGUCCGAUUGUUAUAUCGCCUCAGGAUCUGCUGAUUGUACAAUCUUACUAUGGCAUUGGAAUGCUCGAACGCAAAGUAUUGUCGGUGAAGGUGAAGUUCCGACGCCACGUGCUACAUUAACAGGACAUGAACAGGCUGUGACAUCUGUUGUUAUUAGUGCUGAACUUGGAUUAGUUGUAUCCGGCUCGAUAAACGGUCCAGUAUUAGUCCACACGACAUUCGGCGACUUGUUGCGUUCACUUGAUCCACCAGAUGAAUUUCUAUCGCCAGAAAAUAUAACAAUGUCUCGCGAGGGCUUCAUCGUUGUCAAUUAUGAUGAGGGUAAUGUUGCGGCUUUCACAAUCAAUGGUCGUCUCCUGCGUCAUGAGUCACAUAACGAUAACAUUCAGUGCAUGUUGCUAUCUCGUGACGGAGAAUAUCUGAUGACUGCAGGCGAUAAAGGAAUUGUUGAAGUAUGGCGUACAUUUAAUUUAGCUCCAUUGUAUGCGUUUCCUGUGUGCAAUAGUGGUAUACGUUCGCUAUCACUGACACAUGAUCAAAAAUACCUACUUGCUGGACUAGCGACUGGCUCAAUUAUAGUAUUUCACAUUGACUUCAAUCGAUGGCAUCACGAGUAUCAACAGCGUUAUUAA